CCCAGAUAUUUUGGCGCAUGAGAAAUGGUGGUUAGCAGUGCGAAGGGGCGCCAUACAAACAAGAUGGGGGGACUGGAGAAGGGCGACGAUCGCCGGUUCUAGCCCUCCUCUCGCCAGGGAUUUCUAGGGAUUCUCGGCCGGAUCAGGUAUGCAUUGAGGGAUCGAUCGAUCGGGCGUGAUUGAUCGGAUUGGAGCGCGGCUAUGGGCACAAUGGGGGUGAUUUUGCAUGGGGGAGUGGCGCAGCUGUGCUCGAUCAACAGCGCCAGACCUAGAGCGGCGGAUUCUUCCUCCUCGUCCGCUUCUUCUUGCUCGGCAGCCAAGAAGACCAGCAUUUGUGGGACGCCGCUGGCAUUGACGGCGACGCGGCGCCCGGGUUUACUUCUGAGGCCCCCGAUCGAAUCGCUACGAAUUCGCAGCGUGGCAGCAAAGCCGAGGCCUCCUCAAGCCGCUUCUGAGAAAGGUUGUCUAGCUGGGGAGGAUGCUGCAUCAAUCGCUGCGAAUUUGAAAUACCAUGUUGAUUACAAGCCUCUCUUUUAUCCUCUCAAGUUUGAGAGUAAGCAGGCGUACUAUGCAGCGGCUCAGUCCGUGCGUGACCAUCUGGUGAAAAGAUGGAACGAGACGUUUGUGCACUUUCAGAAGCAACAUCCCAAGCACAUUCACUACUUGUCCAUGGAGUUUCUUCAGGGCAGAGCUCUUACGAAUGCAAUUGGAAAUAUGGGAUUGACUGACUCUUAUGCACAAGCCUUGAAGAAGCUCGGCCACGACCUCGAGAAAGUAGCGAUUCAGGAACCUGAUGCCGCGCUAGGAAAUGGAGGUCUUGGUAGAUUAGCGUCUUGCUUCCUGGAUUCGUUGGCAACACUUAACUACCCUGCAUGGGGCUACGGACUUCGUUAUAAGUAUGGUCUCUUCCGUCAGCAGAUCACAAAUGAAGGACAGCAAGAAUGGCCAGAAAGCUGGCUUGAGGCUGGAAAUCCUUGGGAGAUACCGAGGUUCGAUGUUUGGUAUCCGAUAAAGUUUUUUGGACGGGUGAUUUCAAGCAAGUCAGGCAAGAAGAAGUGGGUUGGAGGCGAGGAUAUUAGAGCUGUUGCUUACGACCUUCCGAUUCCCGGUUACAAAACUAAGAACACUAUCAGUUUGAGGUUGUGGUCUACUACAGUAGCCGCUGAGGAUUUUGAUCUCGUCUCGUUCAAUGCUGGUGAACAUGACAAGGCUGGAAGAGCCAUUUACAGCGCAGAGAGGAUCUGUAAUAUUUUGUAUCCGGGUGAUGCAACGCCCGAAGGAAAACUCCUCAGAUUGAAGCAACAGUACACGUUGUGCUCGGCUUCGAUACAGGACAUGAUUGCUCGCUUUAAGGAGCGGUCUGGAAGCGGGUUCAGCUGGUCCAAAUUCUCUUCCAAAGUUGCCAUUCAAAUGAAUGACACGCACCCUACACUUUGUGUUCCCGAGUUGAUGAGAAUUUUGGUGGACAUCGAGGGCCUCGCAUGGGAAGAGGCCUGGAAAAUUACUCAGGCGACUGUGGCGUAUACCAAUCACACUGUACUCCCGGAAGCAUUGGAAAAGUGGCCGCUGGAUCUUAUGCAAAAGCUACUGCCUCGACAUAUAGAGAUCAUCCACAGAAUCGACGAAGAGUUUAUUAAAACACUGAUAACUUCCGGAAUCGACAAAGGGGAGAUUGAGAAAAAAAUCUUGAGUAUGCGAGUUUUUGAAAAUGUGGCCUUGCCCGAGUCCGUGAAGUCCUCGGUUCCUCACCAGCAUGGUAAGGACGACGACGAGUUCAAUCCAGCACCAGAGCUUGUCCGAAUGGCAAACUUGUGCGUUAUUGCUGGUCAUAAGGUCAAUGGAGUGGCCGCCAUUCACAGCGAGAUUGUUAAGGACGAAGUGUUCAAUGAUUUCUACAAGCUCUGGCCAGAGAAGUUUCAAAAUAAGACCAAUGGUGUUACUCCUCGUCGUUGGAUGAGAUUCUGUAACCCGGAGCUUAGCAAAGUUAUCACCAAGUACCUUGGAAGCGAAGAAUGGGUUGCAAAAACUGAUCAGCUUGCCAGGCUUAAAGACAUGGUCGAUAACAAGGAAUUGAUUAAAGACUGGGCAGCGGCAAAAAGAGCAUGUAAAUCUAAGCUCGCAGCAUACAUCAAGGAGCAAACUGGACUCGUUAUUAGUCCAGACUCGCUGUUCGACACGCAGGUGAAAAGAAUCCACGAGUACAAGCGUCAACUGCUAAACAUUUUAGGAUGCAUCUACCGCUACAAAAAGAUGAAAGAAAUGAGUCCAAAAGAGAGGAAAGCGAAGUACGUAAACCGUGUGACCCUCUUUGGUGGCAAAGCCUUUGCCACGUAUUGGAAUGCCAAGCGAAUUGUAAAGCUCAUCACGGACGUUGGCAAUACUGUGAACAAAGACCCGGAUAUUGGCGACCUGAUGAAGGUGAUCAUUGUUCCUGACUACAAUGUGAGUGUUGCAGAAAUUCUCAUUCCAGGGAGUGAGCUCUCAGAACAGAUCAGUACGGCGGGAAUGGAAGCUAGUGGAACCAGCAACAUGAAAUUCUCGAUGAACGGAGCUGUUUUGAUUGGCACUCUCGAUGGUGCCAACGUCGAGAUCCGCGAGGAAGUUGGCGAAGACAACUUCUUCCUCUUUGGCGCAUUUGCUCAUGAGGUUGCAAACUUGAGAAAGGAGAGGGCCGAAGGCAAGUUCGAGCCUGACCCGAGAUUCAUAGAAGCCAUGGAUUUCAUAAAGAGUGGUGCCUUUGGUGGCUAUGACUACACACCAUUGCUAAGCACGCUUGAAGGUAACAGCGGAUUCGGCCAGGGAGAUUACUUCUUAGUCGGAAAGGAUUUUCCGGACUAUAUCGAGUGCCAAGAGAAAGUCGACGAAGCUUACAGGGACAAAGAGAGAUGGACCAAGAUGUCUAUAAUGAACGUCGCGGGAUCUCCAAAGUUUAGCAGCGAUCGAACCAUCCAUGAGUACGCGAAUGAAAUAUGGGGCAUUAAGCCUCUCCCGGUGCCCUGAGAAAGCCUCUUCUCUCUUGAGACUUUAAAGCCGUACGAGAUUCUCUUUUUGCCUGUAACAGUUACCGUACAUUCGUGUGAUAGGAAGGGUUUUCGUACAACUCCGUGUGAUUAUUCUA